AUGCGAGUCCUGGCUGAGGUCCAUGAUAGAAGGCUGUUACUGAGAGUCACCCGUGGUUCAACUUGUGUGGCCUUUGGCCUGGGAAGAGUUGGCCUUUUGGUCAUCAUGGGCUGUAAGUCAGCUGGUGCAUCCAGGAUCACUGGGAUUGACCUCAACAAAGACAAAUUUGAAAAGGCCGUGGCUGUCAGAGCCACUGAGUGCAUCAGCCCCAAGGACUCCACCAAGCCCAUCAGUGAGGCGCUGUCAGAAAUGACAGGCGGCACUUUGGGCUACAGUUUUGAAGUUAUUGGGCAUCUUGAAACUAUGAUUGAUGCCCUUGCAUCCUGCAGCAUGAACUACGGGGUCGGCGUGGUGGUAGGGGCUUCUCUAUCAGCCGAGAUACUCACCUAUGACCCAGUGCUGCUCUGCGCUGGACGCACAUGGAAAGGAUGCGUUUUUGGAGGUUGGGAAAGCAGAGAUGAUAUUCCAAAACUAGUGACUGAUUUCCUGGAAAAGAAAUUUGACCUGGACCAAGUGACAACCCAUGUUUUCCCUUUUAAACAAAUCAAUGAAGGCUCUGAACUGCUCUACUCACAUCAAAGCAUUCGAACUGUCCUGACAUUUUGA